AUGAUCAACACUCAUAAUCCCGCGCUCACCGUCGCGGACGCGGACAAUAUCUCGGACCGAAACCCGAACCUCGCCCUCAUGCCGCCGGGCUACGACGGAGCCGCCAUGGUGCAGUUCGGGCUGGGUACCUUCUUCGCGGACAGGCAUUGGGGCGAUAGACGGCCCAACCACUACAUGGCUAUGAAGCACGGUCCGAUGGGUAUAGGAGAUACGAAUCGCCGCUUGGCGGAUCCGACCCGCGUGAUCAUCGGCGGCAUGGACACGGUAAAACACACGUGGCACGCCAACCAGGAGACCCCGCAAGACAAUCUCGUCAUGAUGCAGCGCUGUUUGGAACGGGAGGUCAUGCUCCAAGCCAUGUAUCCCAACGAAUACCGGCCUCCGGGCUAUGGCUGGCUCCCUCCCAUAUACGAGCCGCAAAACUUGCAGGAUGUGGAGCAAGGCGCGCCAGGCAUGGGCGGCAACGGCAUUACCAUGCAUCGUGAACAAGUCGAGGAUAGUUUCCGCAUGGCGCAGCCACUAGCCCGCCUCUCACACCCGGCCUGGGUCACUGCGCUCAACCCGUUGGCGGUACCAUUGCCCGCGGCGGCCGCGAGUAGUUCCCCUUCCAGAUCCAUUCCUCACCUUCAGCCCAUGACGCAGACACAUCAGGGGAAAUGGACGAAGAUCCACCCGAACCUCCGCCUGAGCCCCACAUGGGAACUAUCAUGA